AUGGCCCCGGACAGGGGCGGGGCCGAAGGGCCAAAGCGGGGCUCUAGCAGAGCUGACCCGCGGCUCCACUUCCCAACCCCAGGAUGUGACCUCCGGAGUCUUCGCGAGCAGGAUGCUGGGGUAGAUCUAGCCAGGGCUCCCGAGCGAAGAUCAGCUGGUCCCGUCGUUGACAUGCAGAUGGAAACAGACACGGUUACAGAAGAUUCUCAAACCACCCUGGCUAUUGAGGAGCACCCAUCUUCAAAGGCCCCCUCCACUAAGGACUUGCAGGAGCCCCCUACCUCUGAAGCUCCCUUGGAGUCUCUCAUUUCUGAAACCCUUUUACAACCCCAUAUCCCUGAGUCCCCUUUGGGGUCAUUUACUUCUGAGAUCCCAGUAGAGACCCACACCUCUGAGACCCCUUUAGAAACCCAUACCUCCAAGACUGUUUUGGAAUCAUCCAUCUCUAAGACUCCUUUAGAGCACCAUACUUCUGAAUCCCUUGUGGUGCCGCCCACCCCAAAGACCCACACCUCUGAGACCCUUUUAGAGGCCCAGAGCUCUGCGAUCUCUUUAGAACAUGCUAGCUCUGAGACUCCUUCAAAGCCCUUCAUAGCUGAGGGCCCAGAGAACUCUCCCAUCUUUAAAGGCUCUGAGAAACUUUCUUUUCAUCCCUCUGCAUCUUCCUUUAACUAUAAUACCCAGAGGGAAGGCCUUUACUCUGAGUCUUCCUCCAAUGAUGUUCCAUGGACAAGGAAAGUCACCCUGGAUGCCCCUGACCCUAUGAUCCUUAAAAAGCAGGCCCUUUCAGGCCAUUUAGUCCAAACCCAAAAGGACACAUCGGCAGGGCAGAAAGAAGAGGCUGAAGAGGACAAGGAAAGGGUGGUUGCCAGUGACAGCAGAGCUCAUACACCUCAGCCUGGACACCAGCUGGGAAACACAGACCACCCAGUAGGCCCUGCUAAGCAGUCAGAUGUGGUGGAAGUGGCUAAGGCAAAGCACAGAGAGCAGUUUGGUGCUCAGGUGAAUCAUCUUUUCCACUGGGAGAAGCAUGCAGCCCUGAGUGCCAUCCAGACAGGUCUCUACAUUGGCUGGCGCUGCCCCCAUUACCUGUGGGACUGUUUCCGAAUUGGGGAUGAGUCCAAGUGCUUUUGUGGACACUUGUUGAAGGUGCACCGGAUCAUCUCAGAUAUAUCCGUGCCUUGUGGUGUGGCCCAGUGUCGCUGCCUCUUGUUCUGCUUUAUCCCAUCACACCCAGAGGAGGUGGGUGAGUUCUGGCUCACUCGAAGGGCUGCCUUCGAUCCCAAGGCCUGGAGGGCCCAAUGUCGCUGCAAACACAGCCACGAAGAUCACGUAGCCACUGGGUCCCAUCCCUGCAGACACAAGGGCUGUUGCUGCAACUGCUUUGAGUCUAAUUUCCUCUGUGCGGCCUGUGAUCGGCGCUGGGAAGAACAUGAGACUUUCUUUGAGACCGAGGAGACACGACGACGAGGGGGAAGAUCUCAUGGAGCAGACUAUGUGCCCUUUGCAGAGAUGCCUGCCCUCCGAGAAGCCGUCCUCCGCAACUCUGACUUCGUAGCCCUAGAGUCGCAGAGGCCCUCUGGCCAUCCCAGCUCCCGCCCUGGGUCCCCUGGGCUCCCUGGGACAGAUAAUGCCAACACCUGGCGCAGGCCUUGGUGA